AUGCAUCAGAUUAGGGCGUGCAAGGACUUGAAGCACGUUGUUUAUUCAAGGUUUAACAAUGGUAUUGGAAAGGGUCCUGGUGUUGGUUUCUGGCAACCAGCAUGGCGUGUGUGGAUAUUCUUCUUGAGAGGUAUCAUUCCCUUGCUUGAAAGAUGGUUAGGAAACCUUCUUGCUCGUCAAUUCGAAGGACGCAGAAGUAACGAUGUGGCCAAAACGAUUACUAAACAAAGAGUGGAUGCAUACUAUGACCUUGAGUUGAGAGCACAAGUUAUGCAUGAUAUCUUAGACAUGAUUCCCGAGGGAAUGAAACAGAACAAAUCACGAACAAUUUUGCAGCACUUGAGCGAAGCCUGGAGAUGCUGGAAAGCCAAUAUUCCUUGGAAAGUUCCCGGCUUGCCAGAACCAGUCGAAAAGAUUAUCGAGAGGUAUAUCAAAGCUAAAGCCGACGGAUGGACGUCAAUAGCGCACUAUAACAGAGAACGUAUACGUCGGGGAGCCACUGUGGAGAAGACUGUCGCCAAGAAGAAUUUGGGAAGACUUACCAGGUUGUGGAUCAAAAAUGAACAAGAAAGACAAAAAAGCUUUGCAAAAGAUGGCCCGUACGUGUCACCGGAUGAUGCAAUUACUAUCUUCCGCAACAUGACCCAUUGGCUUGAAGGUAGACGCUUUCAACCAAUUCCAUUCCCUCCUCUAUCCUACAAGCACGAUACCAAGUUAUUAGUAUUGGCUCUCGAGAAUUUAAAAGAACAAUUCAAUGCCAAUUCAAGACUAAACUCAUCACAAAGAGAAGAAUUAGCAUUGAUUGAACAAGCUUACGACAAUCCACAUGAAUGUUUGGCCAGAAUCAAGAAAUUUUUGUUGACCCAAAGAAUCUUCAAGGAAGUUGGUUUGGAAUUGAUGGACUAUUACACUCAUUUGGUUCCAACCUAUACAAUUGACCCCCUUGAAAAAAUCACAGACACAUACCUCGAUCAAUAUUUGUGGUACGAAGCAGACAAGAGACAAUUGUUCCCCAACUGGAUAAAACCAAGUGAUAAUGAAAUUCCGUCAUUGUUGGUGUACAAGUGGUCCCAAGGAAUCAACAACUUGACUGACGUAUGGAAUACAUCAGGUGGAGAAUGUAAUGUUCUACUUGAGACAAAGCUCAGCAAGGUGUCAGAGAAGAUAGAUUUCACUUUACUUAAUCGACUUCUCAGGCUCAUCGUUGACCCAAAUAUUGCGGAUUAUCUUACAUCAAAAAAUAACGUCAGUUUGACGUACAAAGAUAUGAAUCAUGUCAACCAGUAUGGGUUAAUUCGAGGACUUCAAUUUGCAUCAUUUUUGAUCCAGUAUUAUGGUUUGGCACUUGAUCUUUUGAUAUUGGGAUUAGAUCGUGCUAAUGAACUUGCCGGUCCUCCUCAGCUGCCUAAUGCGUUCUUGCAAUUCAAGAACACAGAAGAAGAAACGACAAGCCCCAUCAGACUUUAUCUUCGUUAUGUUGAUAAAGUAUAUAUAUUCUUGCGGUUGAAUCACAACGAAGCCGAUGAGUUGAUUCUGGAUUAUCUUUCGGAGAACCCAGAUCCCGAUUUCAAGAAUAUUGUUGGUUAUAACAACCACCGCUGUUGGCCUCGAGACGCUCGUAUGCGGUUAAUGCGUCAUGAUGUCAACUUGGGACGAGCAGUGUUUUGGGAGAUUGCCAACCGAGUUCCUUCCUCCGUGACUUCUAUUGAAUGGGAAGAUACAUUUGCUUCCGUAUAUUCAAAGGACAAUCCUAAUCUUUUGUUCAGUAUGUGUGGCUUCGAAGUUAGAAUUUUGCCCAAGAUUCGCUCAUCAGAUGUAACAUCGUCAAGUGAGGGUGUUUGGGACUUGAUAGAUCAGCAAACGAAGGAAAGAACGGCGAAGGCAUACUUGCGUGUCAGCAAUGAGGAGAUUGAAAAGUUCAACAGUAGAAUCCGCCAAAUAUUGAUGUCGUCGGGAUCUACGACUUUCACUAAGGUUACCUCCAAAUGGAACACUGCGUUGAUUGCGCUUUUUGCCUACUUUCGAGAAGCAGUUGUAUCUACUGAAAACUUAUUGGAUAUCCUAGUCAAGUGUGAGACAAAGAUUCAAAAUCGGGUUAAAAUGGGCUUGAAUUCGAAGAUGCCAACGAGAUUUCCUCCUGCUGUAUUUUAUACUCCCAAGGAAUUAGGCGGUCUAGGCAUGUUAAGUGCGUCACAUAUAUUGAUUCCUGCCUCUGACUUGCGAUGGAGUAAGCAGACAGACACCGGUAUUACCCAUUUCAGAGCCGGUAUGAGCCACCAGGAAGAAAAAAUGAUACCUACAAUCUUUCGUUAUAUUCCAACGUGGGAAAACGAAUUUUUAGACUCACAGAGAGUUUGGGCAGAAUAUGCCAUUAAACGUCAAGAAGCAAUGGAACAGAACAGACGUUUAACGUUUGAGGAUAUGGAGGAAAAUUGGGACAGAGGUAUUCCUAGAAUAAGCACCCUUUUUCAAAAAGAUCGCCAUACACUUGCUUACGAUAAGGGUCACCGUAUAAGACGGGAGUUCAAACAGUAUAGCAUGGCUAGAUUCAACCCAUUUUGGUGGACUAGCAAUCAUCACGAUGGUAAAUUGUGGAAUCUCAAUGCUUACAGGACCGACGUUAUUCAAGCAUUGGGAGGUAUUGAGACAAUUCUAGAGCACACUUUGUUCAAAGGAACCGGGUUUGAUUCCUGGGAGGGACUUUUUUGGGAAAAGUCGACUGGUUUCGAGGAUUCCUUAAAGUUCAAAAAGUUGACAAAUGCUCAGCGUUCAGGAUUGAGUCAAAUACCGAAUCGUCGGUUCACGUUAUGGUGGUCGCCCACAAUUAAUAGAGCAAACGUUUACGUUGGAUUUCUCGUUCAGUUGGAUCUUACUGGUAUAUUUCUCCAUGGUAAGAUACCAACCCUCAAGAUUUCAUUGAUUCAGAUUUUUAGGGCUCAUUUAUGGCAAAAGAUUCAUGAGAGUAUAGUCCAAGAUAUCUGUCAGGUGCUUGAUAAGGAGAUCGAUAUGUUGCAGAUUGAUUCCGUGGAGAAACAAGCAAUUCAUCCAAGAAAGUCAUACAAGAUGAAUUCUUCUUGUGCAGACAUUGUUCUUUCAAGCUCAUACAAGUGGAAUGUCUCUCGUCCAUCUUUACUCUUUGACGAAAAUGACUCUUUUGAUGCUGUGUCAGCCAAAAAAUUCUGGAUAGAUGUUCAAUUGCGGUACGGUGAUUAUGAUUCCCAUAAUAUUUCCAGAUACACCAGAGCCAAAUUUUUGGACUAUACCACGGAUAACACUAGUUCUUAUCCAUCCCCAACUGGAGCCAUGGUUGGAAUUGACUUGGCGUACAACAUGUAUGAUGUUUUUGGAAACUGGUUUUCAGGCUUCAAGCCGUUGAUGCAGAGCGCAAUGAAAGAGAUAAUGAAGGCUAACCCGGCAUUGUACGUGUUGCGUGAACGGUUGAGAAAAGGAUUACAAUUGUACCAGUCUCAACCUCAAGAGACUUUCUUGAAUUCCAGCAACUACGCAGAACUAUUCAGCAACGAAACUCAGUUCUUCAUCGACGAUACGAACGUCUACAGAGUUACCGUUCACAAGACUUUUGAAGGUAAUCUUACUACGAAACCUGUCAAUGGAUGUCUUUUCAUGUUGAAUCCGAAAACAGGUCAGUUGUUCUUGAAAGUGAUUCAUACAUCUGUUUGGGCUGGUCAGAAGAGACUCGGGCAGCUUUCGAGAUGGAAGAGUGCUGAAGAGGUUGCCGCAUUAAUUCGUUCACUUCCUCGAGAGGAGCAACCUAAAAGAUUAAUCUUAACUAGAAAAGGAAUGCAGCAACCAAUGGAGGUUCAUACUCUCGAUUUCCCCAACUUGUCUAUCCGGCUGUCUGAACUUCACUUGCCAUUUGCAGCUUCCAUGAAGGUGGAUAAACUUGCCAACGUCGUCUUAAAGGCCAAGGAGCCACAAAUGGUACUUUUUAAUCUUUAUGAUGACUGGCUUCAGAGCAUUUCAGCAUAUACCGCAUUCUCAAGAGUGAUAUUAUUGAUGAGAGCUCUUGGUAUUAACCAGGAGAGGACCAACUUGAUUUUGCGCCCUGAUGCCAGUGUUAUCACCCAAGAGCACCAUCUCUGGCCAUCAUUUUCUGAUGAACAAUGGAUUGAGGUUGAGGCUCAAUUGAGAGAUUUGAUUUUAAACGACUAUGCCAAGAAGAAUAAUGUCAAUAUUCAGUCGUUGACUCAAUCCGAAGUUCGUGACUUGAUCUUAGGUCAAGAGAUCAAAGCGCCAUCGACCAAGCGCCAGGAAGCUACAGAUACAAAUGGCAGUGCCAAUAAUGGUAUAGCUAAUGCCAGUCAACAAUUGACUGCUAUGAAGACAACGACACACAAUGUUCAUGGAGAAGAAAUAGUCACCGUGACCACCACGAAUUACGAACAGCUGUUAUUCGAGUCAAAGAAUGAUUGGCGUAAUCGUGCCAUUGCUUCAGGGAACCUCCAUUUGCGGGCGAAGAACAUUUUUGUAUCACCAUUUGAUGGAGAUGACGAUGAUGAGAACCCCAUCUGUAUCAUGCCACAGAAUUUGCUCAAGAAGCUCAUUCAGAUUUCAGAUGUAAGAACCCAAGUUGGUGGAUUUCUCUACGGAGUUUCCCCUCCAGAAAAUUCUCAGGUGAAAGAAAUCAAGUACAUUGUUCUUGUACCACAAAUUGCCAACAGUCAUUCCAUCAAGUUGCCGGAAAAGCUUCCGUCCGCGAGCGGCCCACUAGAAGGUCUCGAGUUGCUAGGAUGGAUACACACUCAACCGAACGAACUGAGUCUCCUCACGCCAGUGGAAAUCAAAACUCUUGCAGAGUUGAAAGCCAACAACGAGCAGUGGGGAACUUCGUCGGUGACAGUACUGGUGGCAUUUACUCCUGGUUCGGUUACAUUAAACUCUGGAGUGUUGACUGAAGAAGGUUACAAUUGGGGAGCCACAAAUUUCGAUUUAUCUUCUCAAACACCCCAAGGAUACUCACCAACUUUUACCCAACGUUCUCAGAUAGUUCUUUCAAACCGAAUUGUGGGAUCGUUCAUGGUUCCUGAUGAUGGAAUUUGGAAUUACACCUUUUUGGGUCCUAUAUGGAAUCCAAAAGACUCGUAUGGUUUAAAAAUUGACAUUCCAUAUCCUUUCUAUCAUGAUUUGCACCGUCCAAUACAUUUUGCGACUUAUAAUGAAAUUGAAGGAGGUGACAAGUUGGAAGCUACACAAGAAAGUUCAUUAGCAUAA